UAGCUAUUAGCUAGUGACACCUCAAAACAAAAAAAUGCAGAACCAGAAACAUUCACAUAUACUGACUGCCAUAACAAUUGUUCUCUUGUUUGCGAUGGCCGCUAAAAUAAACGCUAUUGACGUUCAUGACGCCAUGUGUUAUCGGUCCGAGUGUACAAGCGUAUGUGAUCAGAUUUGCUUAAGCCACGGGUAUACAAAUGGAUGGUAUUGUGGAACAUUUAGACUCCACACUGGAUGUUGUUGUCUCAAGAAGAAAGAACUCAACCAAAUAAUAUCUCCAUCGAAAAACUAAUAUCCAUCUUGUUUUUUUUCUUUGUAUACGAAGAUUUAAAUGGUAUUGAUACACAUUUAUAAUAUGAAG